AUGGCCGGAAGAAAUGCCAUAAAUAAACCAAAGAUUAAAAUGUUGGCCCAUAGUCAUGCCAAAUCGCUAAGCAGAAAGAGAUCUCUCAGGAAUACAGUCCAAACAAAAUCAUCCACGUCACGCUACGCUCCAAGAGGGUCUACAGCUCCAAGGCCAACUGAUUCAAAGGCUGUUGCUUUAUAUACGGGAGAAACACCAGCAUCAAGCUCAGUAAUGACUACAAAUACAUUAUCCAAGAAAAGGGCGAAAAAGAUUGCUAGAAAUCACAAGUACCUCACCAAGAAACAAGAAGGGGAUAUUCUGAUGAGUAUUGACAAUGACUUGAAAAACACGAAAUUGGAACAGGCUAAGAAAGCUUUGUGGAGCUUGAUAGAACUGCGUGAAAAGAAUGGCCCAGUGGUAGUUGCUGAUGCCGAGGGGACUACCUUGGGAAUCCAGUCGUUUUGA